AGGGCUCUCCUGCACCCGGGGACAGCAGCCUCAUAGGCCGAGGCGGGGGACACGGGACCCCGAGGCCGCCCGGAACCGCAGGCCGAGCGCCGCCCCGGCUCGGGCAAAUCGGGAGCGGUGCCGAGAAAAUUUCCUUACUAGAUGACAUUUCAUCGCAAUGUCCGAUCGUUUGGGGCAAAUAACCCAGGGCAAGGAUGGGAAAAGCAAGUACUCGACUCUCAGCCUGUUUGACAAGUAUAAAGGCAGAUCAGUAGGCGCGGCCAGAUCCUCAGUUAUUCCUAGACAUGGCUUACAGAGUCUCGGGAAAGUUGCCACAGCCCGGCGUAUGCCACCGCCUGCAAACCUGCCAAGCCUGAAGUCUGAAAACAAAGGAAACGACCCCAACAUCGUGAUAGUACCCAAGGACGGGACAGGAUGGGCCAACAAGCAGGACCAGCAAGACCCAAAGAGUUCCAGUGUGACAGCCUCUCAGCCGCCGGAGUCGCAGCCGCAGCCGGGUUUGCAGAAAUCUGUCUCCAAUUUGCAGAAACCGACACAGUCAAUCAGUCAGGAGAACACAAAUUCAGUGCCAGGUGGACCAAAGUCAUGGGCACAGCUGAGUGGAAAGCCAGUCGGACACGAAGGUGGUUUAAGGGGCUCAAGCCGACUAUUAUCCUUCUCUCCCGAGGAAUUUCCGACGCUGAAAGCAGCUGGAGGGCAAGACAAGGCUGGCAAAGAAAAGGGCGCCUUAGAUCUGUCGUAUGGGCCAGGACCAAGCCUCCGCCCUCAGAAUGUGACCAGCUGGAGGGAGGGUGGUGGACGAAACAUCAUUUCUGCCACAUCUCUGAACGCCUCCCCAGCAGAGCUGGGCAGCAGGAGCUCCAGUGCGGGAGAUGGAGCCCCCUCCUCGGCGUGCACCAGCGAUUCUAAGGACCCCUCUCUCCGCCCGGCCCAGCCCAUCCGCAAAGGGGCCUCACAGUUCAUGGGACAUAUUUACCAGCCUCCCACUUACCACGACAUGCUUCCUGCUUUUAUGUGUUCACCACAGUCCUCAGAGAACCAGGGUACGGUGGAACGAAGCUCCUUUCCCCUCCCUCAACUCCGCCUGGAACCCCGCGUUCCUUUUAGACAGUUCCAGAUGAACGACCAGGAUGGGAAAGAACGGCCAGGCCUGGCACGCCCUGUGCGCCCACUGAGGCAGCUGGUGGAGCGGGCACCACGGCCCACUAUCAUCAACGCAGAGAACCUGAAGGGCCUGGAUGAUCUGGAUACCGACGCAGACGACGGCUGGGCAGGCCUCCAUGAGGAAGUAGACUAUUCUGAGAAACUGAAGUUCAGUGAUGAUGAAGAUGAGGAAGAAGUUGUGAAGGAUGCGAGGUCAAAGUGGAACAGCUGGGACCCAAGGCGGCAGCGGGAAUUGUCUCUGAGUUCUGCAGACGGUGCUGAAGCCAAGCGUACUCAGGAGGAAGGGAAGGACUGGGGAGAAGCAGCGACUGUGUCCCGCGUCGUCCGAAAGGCGCCAGAGCCUCAGCCUCCAUCCAGGAAGCUUCACAGCUGGGUUUCUGGCCCUGACUACCAGAAGCCCACAAUGGGCAGCAUGUUCCGUCAGCAGUCCGCUGAGGACAAGGAGGACAAGCCACCCCCACGGCAGAAGUUCAUCCAGUCAGAGAUGUCGGAAGCUGUGGAGAGGGCCCGAAAGCGUAGGGAGGAGGAAGAGCGCCGGGCCCGGGAGGAGAGGCUGGCGGCCUGUGCCGCCAAACUCAAGCAGCUGGACCAGAAGUGCAAGCAGGCCCAAAAGGCCAGCGAGGCCCCAAAGCCACUGGAGAAGGAGGUGCCCCGGUCCCCUAGCAUCGAGAAGGCUUCCCCACAGGAGAACGGCCCUAUUGUCCGCAAAGGCUCCCCAGAAUUCCCUGUCCAAGAAGCGCCCACCAUGUUCUUAGAAGAGACACCUGCAACACCCCCUGCAGUGGCUCGGGGCAGCAGCAGCGGCAGCAGCAGCAGUAGCGAAGAAGAAGCCAGGGAGGCUGAGUCCCCAGCACAAGAGUUCAGCAAGUAUCAGAAGUCCCUUCCUCCUCGUUUCCAGCGUCAGCAACAGCAGCAGCAGCAGCAGCAGCAGCAGCAGGAGCAGCUAUACAAGAUGCAGCACUGGCAGCCGGUGUACCCCCCACCUUCCCACCCCCAGCGCACCUUCUACCCACACCACCCACAGAUGCUGGGCUUCGACCCACGCUGGAUGAUGAUGCCUUCCUACAUGGAUCCACGCAUCACACCCACGCGGACACCUGUGGACUUCUAUCCCUCAGCUCUGCAUCCUUCAGGACUGAUGAAGCCCAUGAUGCCCCAAGAGUCCCUCAGUGGGACUGGCUGUCGCUCUGAAGAUCAAAACUGUGUGCCCUCACUCCAAGAAAGAAAAGUGACCACCAUCGACCCAGCUCCUGUAUGGAGCCCAGAGGGCUACAUGGCACUGCAGAGCAAAGGCUACUCACUGGCCCACCCGAAGCCUGCCGACACUUUGGCCGUGGACAUGCACGUCAGGAGUGAAAGGUCUUACUCUGCCUCUCCCGGAAGGGCAGGGGCCAUAAGCGCCCAGCGCGGUCUCUUUGAGGAGAGAGGGGACGAGUACUUGAGUGCUUUUGACAAGAAGGCCCAAGCAGACUUUGACAGCUGUGUCUCUUCUCAAAGAAUAGGCCAGGAGCUUUUAUUUCCACCCCAGGAAAAUGUUCAGGAGGUGGGUGCUCCAGGGGGGCGUACCCCAAACCUCAGGUGUUCCCCAUUGGAGCCCGACUUUGCCCCAGCCGAGAAAAAGCCAGAGUAUGGCAGUUGGGAUGUUGGCCACCAGCCAAAGGCUGCAGACACAGCCAACAGUGUCGAGCUGGAGGCACCUCGGGAGGAGCCAUCCUUCCGUGCUUCCUCUUGGGAGAAGGAAGGGAGCCCCAAGAAACAGCCAAACCCAGAGCCCGAGUGGACACCCGAGCCCCGGAGCCAGCACCAGGAGCAGCCGGGCAGGACCCGGAGGUCGGGACCCAUCAAGAAACCUGUCCUCAAGGCCCUGAAGGUAGAAGAAAAGGAGAAGGCACUGGAGAGGCUCAGGCAGAGCCUGGGAGAGGAGAGCUCCCAGCUGGCCGUAGACCAAGAGCCUAUGUGCAGGGCAGAAGAGGAUGAGGAUGAGGAGAACAGCCCUGCCCUGGCCAAUGUCUCCUCAUCUGCCCUGGAGGAUAAGGCUGCUUCCCGGGCUGGGUUUGCUCAUGAGGCCAGCAAGCUGGAUGAAGAUGCAAAGGUUGAUAAGACUUGGGAAAGCAGGCCCUCGAAGGAGGCCAGCGACAUUCCACCAACCAAGAGAAACAACUGGAUCUUCAUUGACGAGGAGCAGGCCUUUGGGGGCCGGGGCCAGACCCGCAGCCGUGGCCGUGGCUUCAGGGAGUUCACCUUCCGAGGCGGCCGGCCUGCGGGCAGCAACACAAGUGGUCUGUGUGGCACAGGGGUCCUUGGGUCUCGUAGCGUGUACAGUGGUGGCCAGCGCAGUAGCCGGGGCAGGGGCCUUCGCGACUUCCCCCUGCCAGAAGACUGCCCCAGAGCCAAACCUAGGCGCCGCAUCGCCAGUGAGACCCACAGCGAGGGCUCUGAGUAUGAGGAGCUACCCAAGAGGCGGCGUCAGCGGGGCUUGGAGCCUGGCCAUGAUGGCAUGCUCCUUGAAAGGGACGAGGGUCCCCUGAAGAAGGACUCUUGGCGUUCCAACAGGACUUACACAGAGGACCAGGGUGGCCUAGACACCCGCAGCCGGGGACCCCGUACCUGUGGGAGAGCCCUCCCACCUCGCCUAAGCAACUGUAGCUAUGGCCGCCGAACCUUUGUCGCCAAAGAGCCUCCCCACUGGCAGAGCAGGAGCCCAGGCAGUUCCUGGCAAGAAUAUGGCCCCUCUGACCCAUGUGGCCCACGGCGAACCACUGACAGAGAUUACAUCCCAGACUCCUACAGACACUCUGACACAUUUGGCAGCAGGGUCUUCGAGGACAGCCGCAUGGAGGACAAGAGGUCCUUUUUCCAAGAUGACCACGGGGCAGAUUCUGAAAAUGCGGAGAACAGGCCCUUCCGUCGCAGGCGGCCACCACGCCAAGACAAGCCCCCUCGCUUCCGGCGCCUCCGUCAAGAGCGGGAGUCCCUGGGCCUGUGGGGACCUGAGGAAGAGUCGCACCUGCUGACAAGUCAAUGGUCAGGCCGAUCCAAACUCUGUCCUGGGGACAAGAGUGGUCCUGGAGGUCACAGAUCCCCAGAGCUUUCCUACCAGAACUCUUCUGAUCACGCCAACGAAGAGUGGGAGACUGCCUCUGAGAGCAGCGACUUCAGCGAGCGCAGGGAGCGGCGAGAAGGCCUUGCAACUGAGCCUGAAGCACAAGGGGAUGGUGGCCUGUCAGGGGCCAGUUUGGGUGAGAAGAAGGAGCUGGCCAAGCGGAGCUUCUCCAGCCAGAGGCCCCUGGCUGACAGACAGAGCCGCAAGCUGGAGCCGGGAGGGUUUGGGGAGAAGCCUGUUAGGCCAGGUGGGGGUGAGACUUCCCCCCGCUGCGAGAGCCAGCAGAGUGGGACGCCUCUGAAAGUUAAAAGGUCUCCAGAAGAGGCCUUGCCUGGAGGCCUUGGUUGCAGCAAUGGCAGCCACUCAUCUUAUGCCUUGGAGCGGACCACUCAUGCCAGCUCCGAUAGUCCUGAAGCCAGCAGUAAGAAAGCGGAGAAGGAGGCCGCCUUAGCUGCCCAGAGGGCUGGUGAGCAGCAGGAAGAGGCCCGGAAGCAGUUUGACCUGGGCUAUGGAAAUGCCAUCAUUGACAACUGCGGGUCCAGCCCUGGGGAGGAGAGUGAAGUGGGCUCCAUGGUGGGCGAAGGCUUCAUUGAAGUCCUGACUAAGAAGCAGCGCCGCCUGCUGGAAGAGGAGAGAAGAAAGAAGGAACAGGCUGCUCAGGUCCCUGUCAAAGGUCGAGGCCUUUCAUCACGUAUUCCUCCUCGGUUUGCCAAAAAGCAGAACAGCCUGUGUCUGGAGCAAGGCGAUGUGGCCGUGCCUGGCAGCAGCCUGGGCACCGAGAUAUGGGAGAGCGGCAGCCAAGCCCUCCCUGUGCAGGGUGCAGCCAGCGACUCGUGGAGGAAAGCUGUUACUGCCUUCAGCAGCACUGAGCCUGGCACCUCAGAGCAGGCUUUUAAGAGCAGCCAGGGAGAUAGUGGCGUUGACUUGAGUGCUGAGUCUCGGGAAUCCUCCGCGACCUCCUCACAGCGCAGUUCCCCGUAUGGUACACUCAAGCCAGAGGAGAUGAGCGGGCCUGGCCUGACAGAAUCCAAGGCCGACAGCCACAAGGACCAAGCUCAGAAGCAGUCUGAGCACAAGGACUCAGAGCAGGGGUCUGGACAGAGCAAGGAGCACAGACCAGGACCCAUCGGCAAUGAGCGCUCCCUGAAAAACAGAAAGGGCUCGGAGGGGGCCGAGCGGCUGCAAGGGGCCGUCGUCCCGCCUGUUAACGGGGUGGAGGUUCAUGUGGACUCCGUGCUGCCCGUACCACCCAUUGAGUUUGGAGUCAACCCGAAAGACUCUGAUUUCAGCCUGCCACCCGGUUCUGCUUCUGGUCCUGUAGGGAAUCCAGUUGCCAAGCUUCAGGAUGUCUUGGCUAGUAAUGCAGGACUGACGCAGAGUAUCCCCAUCCUUCGACGGGAUCACCACAUCCAGAGAGCCAUCGGCCUGUCCCCCAUGUCUUUCCCCACAGCAGACCUCACAUUGAAGAUGGAGUCUGCACGCAAGGCUUGGGAAAACUCCCCCAGUUUGCCGGAGCAGAGCUCUCCAGGAGGUGCAGGCUCGGGCAUCCAGCCUCCUUCCUCUGUGGGCGCCGCCAACGGAGUCAGCUACAGCUCCUUUGGUGGAGUGUCCAUGCCACCCAUGCCUGUGGCUUCUGUAGCGCCUUCUGCUUCGAUGCCAGGCAACCAUCUCCCACCUCUGUACCUGGACGGCCAUGUAUUUGCAAGUCAGCCCCGACUGGUUCCUCAAACGAUACCUCAGCAGCAGAGUUACCAGCAGGCUGCCACUGCCCAGCAGAUCCCGCUCUCCCUCCACACAUCUCUGCAGGCCCAGGCGCAGCUUGGGCUGAGGGGUGGGCUCCCUGUCUCCCAGUCCCAGGAGAUCUUCAGUUCUCUGCAGCCUUUCAGGUCUCAGGUGUACAUGCAUCCCAGCCUGUCACCUCCCAGCACUAUGAUCCUCUCUGGGGGCACGGCCUUGAAACCCCCCUACUCUGCGUUUCCUGGCAUACAGCCCUUGGAGAUGGUGAAGCCACAGUCCGGCUCACCCUACCAGGUCUACGAGGGCCAGCUCGGACAGGCUACCGGCUUGGGUACCUCCCAGAUGUUGGAUUCCCAGCUUCCACAGCUCACUAUGUCCCUGCCUCGGUAUGGCUCUGGGCAGCAGCCGCUGAUCCUGCCACAGUCCCUUCAGCUGCCUCCAGGACAAAGUCUCUCUGUUGGGGCCCCCCGAAGGAUUCCUCCGCCUGGCUCCCAACCACCGGUCCUGAACACCAGCAGAGAGUCCGCUCAGAUGGAGCUGAAAGGCUUCCACUUUGCCGACAGUAAACAGAAUGUUCCUUCCGGAGGCUCCGCACCAUCCCCGCAAGCCUACAGGCCUAGCUCUGCUAGCCCCAGUGGGAAGCCCUCUGGAUCAGCAGUUAACAUGGGCUCUGUGCAGGGACACUACGUUCAACAGGCAAAGCGAGUGGAUGAAAAACCCAGCCUGGGAACCGUGAAGCUUCAGGAGGCCUCCCCAGCCACCUCCCAGCUGAAGCGAACCGGAGCAAUCAAGCCCCGGGCGGUCAAGGUGGAGGAGAGUAAAGCCUGAAGGUGCCUGGCAUCCGCCUCACCCUCACAGGGACGGAUGGGGCACCACCACCAGCCUGGACAGCUCUCUUCCGCUCCUGAAAGCUCCUGAAAGUUCCAUCGUCAGCCAGCCCACAUCGUGGAUAUAUGGCAUCGACCUGCUUGCUUUGGUACAAAAGAGCAGACUCCCUCCUUCCCACCCCUCUGCCCAGUGACUGUGGAGUGAGUCUCCUGCGCAGUGCAGGCCCGCCCGCCCGCCCCAUUCCCCAGGCACAGUGGUUUGGCAGCAGGGUCAUUUUAAUUUUAGCUGGAGGCUUUUUGUUUUAAAAAGCAGCUACGGUUUUUACAAAGGGGAAAGAAGAACAAAAUGCUAGCUACGUCUGUACAGCUGAACUUUGAUACGUUCCUCGCUGUCCUCUUUCUGCUCUGCUGUCCCCAGUGGUCUCCUUUUAUCUCUGUCCUGUUUGACAUGUCCCAGUGCUACCUUAAGAGGUGAUUCUUAAGAGUAUCCACACACACACAUAUACACACACACAGUUGGCUAACCUUUGGCGUUAUUAAGGAUGUAACUAGUUUAUCUGGUUGGCCCCUUACUACCUUGGGUGCCAUAAGGGUGGUAUCUGAGUUCAGUUCUGGCCUCUGGCAUGGAGUUGAUGUUUCAGCAUAAGAAUUAUCAUCUGUUCUGGGCCCUUCUGAAGUCAGUGACACACUGAGUGUUGGGAAUCAGAGAUGAAUUGUGGAGUUACAGUCAGCAUUGGCAGAGGUGACCAAACCACGGACUCCACUAGGGGACUGUGCAUUUGAGGCUCUAUGCUUUAGCCUUCUGGGUAGCCGUGUUCCCCACUUACUUCCUUUCCUCUUCCUGCUGUGUCCCUCUGGAUCCCUGUCCAUCCAUCCCUCACAGCUUAUCACCAAAACCAGUAGGACAGAGGUGGACACCUGUUAGAGUUUGCAACAGAAAAAGCUAUGGGACAUUCCUCGUGUCCUUCACUCCCAGGAACAGAGCAGGGUGUUGGUGUAGGUUGCCAAGUAACCUAUCCUCAGACAACUGGGCAAGGUCAAGGUAUAGUGGCCUGCAGAGAAGCCAGUGAAGCCUCCCUAAAAGGAUGGUUUCUUAGCACUGCCCCAUGCAGAAGGUUCUGUGUGAGCGCCUGUGUGCCGGGCUUCUUGCUCUAAGAACAAGGAAAUCAAAGAAAAGUGAAGGGGGAUUUCAAGCUGCUCAGAUGCUCUUUGGGAUCCCCAGUUAAUCACCCACCUGGGGGUGCUGGAGACCACCUGCCUCAGUACUCACAGUUGGUGGCAGGGCUGGGACAAGCCUGUGUCACUGUGGCUGUGGGAACAGAGAAGCAUCUUGGGUGCUCCUGUAGUGGCUGCAUGCUGCCUUGCCAGCUGCUGGAAAGAAACACAGUCAGCCCUGCCCCCCAGCAGGUAGCACUCCACUGUCCCCAGGGUUACCUGACAGGGCAGGCCUAUGAGAAGCAUCUGUAGCUCUCAGCUUCUCUCCCUCUGCCUCUGCCCUCCAGCCUUUAGUCACAUCUUUGUCCCAGCUCUUCCUAAAAAGCGCUGCCCACUUAGAGUCUGGCACAGAUCUGCCUUUGUCCCUCACCUGCUGUCCCCCACCCUGGAAGUAUCUGGUUACUGCCCCAGUGAUUGAGCCCUCUGCCCCACUGCCAAAUCUCAGUAAAAGCCACACACAGUCACCUUUACCUGUCCUUAGAAUUGCGGCUAGACCCACCUCCCCUAAUGCUGGUGGGCAUUAUGUGUCAAAAGAAACAAAUGCUUUCUCCUCCAGAAUUUCACAGUCCAGGACGCUGUUAUAAACUCAGAAUGUGCCCUUUCGGGAGCCUGCUGUCAGAAUGGCGGCACUUCCUGUUUGAGAAGGGAACUUAGGAGGCUGCUUGUUUCCAGUCCUUUCUCUCACCCUGUUUCCCUCCUGCCUCCCACCCCAAAUAAAAACAAGAAACACUAGAAUUUAUUUAUAUGUAUUGAUGUUGUAGGUCUAGAUGGAACAGAAAAAGUAAAGUCCCACUGCUCCGUUUGUCUGAUGUCUGCUUGCUCUGUGCAGGGAGGCAGGAGAUUGCAUGUGAAGUUGUGCUCGCGCCUCUGACCUCAGCUGUGGGUCCUCCCCGCUGAGAUGCACAUCUGCAGCGAGACUCUGGGGACAGGGGGCAGGCUUCAGGCCUCCAAAUGUCCCUGCCCUUCAUACGAUCUGGUCAAGCCAAGUUUUUAGUGCAAAGACGUUUUAAGGUGCAAUAUCUCUUCUGUGGAUUUUAGCACCAAGCUCAAGGUAUAAUAGGACUUGGGGUCUUAUUUUGGUUUCAAACCCCCUCUUCAGAUCAUAGAUAAAACAUAGGAGUUCUGUCAAGGUGCCAUGGCCUUUGGUGGGAACAGGCAAAACCCAGCACCUGUCUUUUCUACUGCUGAGAUGGGUGGAGGUGGGGCAGAAUUAUUUACUCCUGCCUACUGGAGUUACCUCCUAGUGCUGGUGGCUGCGUUGUGGCCACUGAUGGUGCAAUCUAUGGCUUGGCAACCAGGAACUCUUCAGUGCUGUCAGUGCUGAUGGUGCGUUCAGCUGACGAUGGCUUCUUAACAAUUGCUUUCCUUGUCUUAUUCCCAAGUUUACCAUUUUCAAAUACAGAGUUCACAGAACACUUCUGGGUCUAGAUUCCUUAGGGGGCAAACAAAGGAUGGCUGCAUUACACAUUCUGAAAAGCUGGUUCAUGUCUAGAGCCGUGGUCGCUCUGCUGCUGCUAGAGCUACCGGGACAGCUCUGUGUCGACAUUACUCUCCUGUCCUCUGGAGCUGUGAUGGAGUCAUGAAUGCCGGACCGCAGAGUUCAGGGCACCAGAGUGCCUGCUGAGGCCACAAGGCAACUCUGGCUAAGCCCACUUCCCCACCCCCUCCCCGACAUCCAUUGGGUCCCCCCUCUGCCAGGUAUUCAGGUCUGUUUGCCCUCAUUUCCAGCGAUGCAAGCCCGGGUUAGAGGGCCUGUUGGGAAUCGUUUACAACCAAGGGCACAAAAGUGUGUCUUCUGUUGUAUUCUCUGAUGAGUGGGAAAUGAAGACUUCCAGAAGGUCAGCUUUCUAUCUGGAACAGAGCGGCCCUGUGUUGGGGAUGAGCGCGUCACCAGCUGUAUUCUCCACCAGGCCCACCAGCUCUAACUGGUGACUUUCCAGGCACGUGACACCUACAGCUCCCACCUGCUUCAGACCUGCAUCAUCCCCAGGCCCCCUCUGGCAUGUCACAGUCCCGGAGCAGCAGUCCCGUGAAGGCUCUGUGCAAGGCUCCUCAGUUGUUGAAACGGGUCCUGUGCCUCAGCUUUCCACCUCAUACCCUUUGGAGAAAAAAGAUUUGGGGGUUUUUCUUCUUUUUGAGGGUCUUUUUUUCUUUUCUUUUUUUUUUCCUUUUACUUUGGCCUUUCCUCUGUCUUCACUAAGACCAGAUAUUUGAAAGGGCAGACGAUGUUAAAGGUGUACCGUGCAGCUUGUUUAGACGUGAUUUGGGGAACCUCUUACCUCGGAUGGGAAAUGGGAUGGUGAAUUCACCUUCCCUUCCCUCCGGUUCAGUCCCUGUUGUUUCUCCUUUCAAAUAUGUGAUUGUACUAGCUCUUUCCGUAUGAAAGAACUCUCCUUAUUUAAAUAAAAAAGUAUAAAAAAAUAAAGGCAACCAUGCUUUCUCA